AUGGAAACCGAUACAGAGUAUCUAGACGCGCAUAACGACUCAGGACACGUCUGCACGAUAUCAGAAAACGUGGAAACCAAUCUGCCGAAGCAAGGCAAAGUGGGGCGUUUUAAAGCGCGAAUAGCGCCCGGGCACCACAAACUGUGCACUAAAGUGAAACAGGAGUCCAUCAAAGAGAAGAACCAAUCAGCGCCAUCUAGCGUUCUGCCGCACGGACAUCAUCACACCAAGAACGUGAACCACCACCAGUGCUGCGGCGCCUUCGGCAACCCACACAUCUCAGAUAAGAUUACGACAUGCCAAAAAGAAAUUCCAAAGAAUACUGUAAUGGAGAAGAUUAAGUCACAAUUUAAAAUGAGCUUUACUCGUUGACAAUAGAGGUUAUAUUUCAUUGAAAAAUAAUAUUAAAUUUUAACAAAUGCUUAAUGAUUUAUAACACUGUUAAACGGUGGAAUUAAUAGGGUUGAAAUGUGCGACAAAAAUAUCUGGUGCGGUGAAUUUUCUGUUAACUGGCAAUCCUAGAGUUGGUUAUUGGAGUCUCCUGAGAUCAGUUCCCCUCUCACUCUCCCUGAUAGGGUAUUUAGAAAUGUAAAAUGGGUAUAAAAAUACCAUAUAAAUGGUAACUGCCUUAUCCUUAGCCUGAAAAAUCAACUGGCAACGCCCAUUCGUUUUUUGUUUACUUAAACCUCCCCUUAAGGUUGAUUUUACAUAUUAAAUCUAUACUAAGAGACGCCUUUGUAAGAAUCACAGUUGCAAUUAGUAUAUUUUCUAACAGAACACUCACCGGGCCAGAUAAGUUUGUUAAAAAUGACAAAA